AUGGAUAAUAAAUCGGAGCUUAUUCAUCAAAGGACAAAAAUAAUAAGCCUUUAUGUAGCUGGAUAUAAAAAAAGUGAAAUCGUUAAAGAAACUGGAUGUCAAUUAAAUACGGUCAGUAAAUGGAUCAAAAAAUACUCUGAAUUUGGAAAGGAUGGUUUAAUUGACAAUCGAUGCAAGAAUAAAAGAAAAAGAAAAACGACAAGAGAUGAAGAUGAAGAGUUGUACAGAGCAGCCAAAGAAAAUAAUUUUAACAGUUGCAAAUCUUUUGCUGAUCGUGCUAAUUUGAACAUUUCCCAGUCCACUAUUAGCAGACGACUAAAAGAAAAAGGUUUAGUAAAUGGAAAAACAUGCAAAAAAAUACUCUUGACCGAAGACAACCGAAGAGAUAGAAUUAAGUAUUGUCGAGAUUAUUCACAUUGGACAAGUGAGCAAUGGGCUAAUGUAAUAUGGUCUGACGAAAAAACCUGUAAAAGUGUGACCGAUAAUAGACUUCGAGUUUGGAGAGAAAAAAACACCCGUAUGGUUCCUGAAAAUGUUGCUGAAAAUGCUCGGUCUAGUCGUAUAAGUUCUAUGUACUGGGGAUGAUUGACUAGUAAAAAUUGGAGACCAUCUGAGAAAAUUAAUAAUAUCAACGACUUACGAGGUUACGUUCAACAUGUAUGGGAUGUACUUGCAUCAAAACCUGAUUAUUGCAAAAACAUUGUCAAUUCCAUGAGAAAAAGAUUAAUUGAAGUUAUAGAUAAAGAAGGAUAUUGG